AUGUCGGAAGUUCAAAUCGAUCAAGCGGUGUUCCGCAAGAGACUCCAUCUUUUGCAGAAGAACAUUGCCAGCUCGCCCCACUUCAAUUCCGUUGCUGGUUUACUUGUGGCUGUUGGAUCCAGCGAUGAAUCGAAUCCGUACCACAAGUCCACGAUUCUUCACACUUGGUUGUUGGGAUACGAAUUCCCCGCCACUUUGCUCUACAUCACCAGUAAGAAAGUGAUUGUUCUAACCUCUGUCGGUAAAGCCAAAUACUUGGAACCUCUCAAAAGCUCGAAUACCAACCUUUCGAUUCUCGCAAGAACCAAGGAUACAGAGCAUAAUAAAAAGCUGUUUGAGCAAUUCAUCCAAGAACUGAAAGAAAGUGGCAAAAAACUGGGUAUCUUAUCCAAAGACAAGUAUGCCGGUAAGUUCAUUGACGAAUGGAACGCCGUUUGGGAUGCAUCCAAAUCAGAAUUCGACCUGGUGGACUGUGCAACUGGUGUCUCUGCCACGUUGGAACACAAGGAUGAAGACGAACAAAGAUCGUUAAGAACAGCUGCCAGAGCCUCUACAAAUAUGAUGAGCUACUUCACCGACAAAAUGAGCAAAAUCAUCGAUGAGGAGCUGACUGUUUCCAACGCCAAGUUGGUGGAUCAGAUAGAGAACAAGAUCGAUGACGGCAAGUUCUUCAAGAGCAUGGAAACCGAAAAAGGAAUGAAGAAGCUCGGCUCGGAUUUCGAUCUCAAUAACCUCGACUGGUGUUACAAGCCUAUCGUUCAAAGUAACGGUAAGUACGAACUCAAGUUCUCUGUUGAGUCGACCGAUGACAAUCUUGGUGGUUCCGUGAUCCUGGCCUCUUUGGGUCUCAGAUACAAAAGUUACUGCUCCAAUGUCACAAGAACGUUCUUAAUUGGUCCUUCCAAGGAAAUGGAAGCCAACUACGAUUUCCUGUUGAAAGUGCAAGCCAAGGCAUUCUCUCUGAUGAAAGACGGCGCUGUUGCCAAAGACGUUUACAGCAAGACUUUGAGCUUCAUCGAAGCUGAAAGACCGGAUUUGGCCGACAAGUUUAUGAAGAACAUGGGUUCCUUGAUUGGAAUUGAUUUCAGAGACUCUUCUGGAGUUCUCAACGCCAGGAACGAGAGAGUUGUUUCUGAGAACUCGGUUUACAAUUUAGUGCUUGGAUUCAGUGGUCUUUCCGACCCGAAACUCGGUAACUACGCCUUGAUGUUGGCAGACACCGUCCGUGUCACUGGUGGAGACUUGAUUGUGCUGACAGAUUCUCCAAAGGUGAGAAAGGACAUUGCGUUCUACUUCGACGAUGACGAAGCUACUCAAGUCAAGAAAGAGUUGGACGAUAUCAAGGUGAAGGCUGAGAAGCCUGACAAGGCCGACUUGAAGGUGAGCAACGGAGGAGUCAAUACCCGUGUUCUCAAGGCCAAGAUGAGAUCGGAGCAGAAGACAUCCGACGAAGACCAGACUCAGAUCCAACAGGAAAUUCAAAAGGAACUCCAUGCCAAAAGACAAAAGGAAGGUCUCGACAGAUUCAACCCGGAGGACGCGCAAGACGGUUCUGACAAGCGUGCCGUUUUCAAGAGAUACGAGUCUUAUGUUCGCGAGUCGCAGAUCCCUAGCAAUGUGAGAGAUCUCAAGAUACACAUUGAUUCCAAGAACCAGACCAUUAUCCUUCCGAUUUGUGGAAGACCUGUUCCAUUCCACAUCAACGCUUUCAAGAACGGGCUGAAGAGUGAUGAAGGAGAAUACACCCACUUGAAGCUGAACUUCAACUCUCCAGGUAUCGCCGUGACCAAGAAGGAGGAACUUCCUUACGAGCUUGGUGACGACAAGCAAUUCAUCAGAAGUUUGACGUUCCGUUCGAAGGACGGAGAAAGAAUGACCGAGGUGCUGAAGAAGAUCACCGAGAUGAAAAAGGAGGCCGUCAAGAGAGAGGCAGAGAAGAGAGAACAAGCAGAUGUUGUCACACAGGCUUCGCUGGUGGAAGUGAACCGUCCAAAGAGAAUGGAUAAUGUUUUUGUGAGACCAACCCCAGAAACCAAGAGACUUUCGGGAAGCGUUGCUAUUCACCAAAAUGGUAUCAGAUACCAGUCUUUGGGUAGAAGCGACCAGAGAGUGGACAUUUUGUUUUCCAACAUCAAGCAUCUGUUCUUUCAGUCUUGUAAGGGAGAGUUGAUUGUGAUCAUUCACUGCCACUUGAAGACGCCAAUCAUGAUUGGUAAGAAGAAGACCUACGAUGUUCAAUUUUUCAGAGAGGCUUCUGAUAUCACCGUUGACGAGACCGGAAACAGAAAGAGAAAGUACAGGUAUGGCGAUGAGGACGAGUUGGAGCAGGAACAGGAGGAGAGAAGAAGAAAAGCUGCUCUUGACAAGGAGUUCAAGAGUUUUGGCGAGCAGAUUGCAGAUGCUUCUAACGGGCUUGUGGAUCUUGAUGUUCCAUUCAGAGAGCUUGGGUUCCAAGGUGUUCCUUCGCGGUCUGCUGUGGUUUGUCUUCCAACGAGAGACUGUCUGGUGCAGCUGAUUGAUCUGCCAUUCUUGGUGAUCACUUUGGAGGAGAUCGAGGUCGCGCACUUGGAAAGAGUCCAGUUUGGUCUCAAGAACUUCGAUCUUGUGUUUGUGUUCAAGGACUUUAGCAAGCCUGUUGUGCACAUAUCCACCAUUCCUAUGGAAUUGCUGGAAGACGUGAAGGCAUGGCUGACAGACGUGGAUAUUCCGUACAGUGAAGGUACGGUGAAUCUGAACUGGACCACCAUCAUGAAGACCAUCCAGGCUGAUCCAUACCAGUUCUUUGUGGACGGGGGCUGGACCUUCCUGACCGGUAGCGGCGACUCUGAUGGAGACAGCGAGGAGGACGAGCAGGAGUCCGACUUCAAUCCUUCGGACGACAACCCAGAGGACGAGGACGUGGACUCGGAGCAAGACUACAGCGAAGAGGAUGAGGGCGACGAUGAGAGCGGUUUCGAGGACGAUGAUGACGAAAGCAUCGCCGGAAGCGAAGACAUUUCCGAAGAAGAGUUUAGUGAUUAA